UGCGUGUACGCCGUGAAGGUGCACGGAGAAGAUUGAACUGUUUCGAAACUUAAACCUGGCGUAAACUAUUCGUAACUCAGCUUGGGUGAAAGUGUACAACCUCUUCAAAGAGACCAGAAAGGCAUUCUUGUUCUCCUGCAUUUGCUUUGCGUGUAUAUUAUGGACGGAACUUUGGAGAGAGUUGAAGUGGCGGGCUCCACAAGCGCUUCCCUCAGCGGAGGAGACGAAAGCUGUGACACUGACCACAGCGACGAGCGCUCCCUGCCUCUCAGGGAAUUUUAUCCCUAUAUUCGCUGUUCUCUCUGCAAUGGAUUUUUGAUUGAAGCAUCCACCAUCACAGAGUGUCUUCACACUUUUUGCAAGAGCUGCAUAGUCAAGCACUUUUUCUACAGCAACAGGUGUCCAAACUGCGCUAUUGUAGUGCACCAGACACAGCCACUGUACAAUAUAAGACCUGACAGACAAUUGCAAGACAUUGUUUUCAAGAUGGUUCCAUAUUUGGAAGAAGAUGAAAGGUCACGAAUAUGUGAAUUUUAUAAACUUAGAGGGCUUGAAGUUCCAAAGCCAGUGCCAGCCAUAGGCCCAGUGAAGCCACCUCCGAAAAGGAAAGACACGCUUCCUCAGUCUGUUUUCACUAUUCCCUCAGAGUUAGACGUGUCUCUGAUGUUGGAGUUUGUGGGAGCUGAACAAGGCAUUGAGAAUUAUAAGCCCCUCGAGAGGAAGUAUGUGCGUGUCUCAGGGGAAGCUACUGUCCGCCAUGUGGAGCUUUUUAUCAGGAGGAAGAUGGAGCUGAGCCCAAGAUACAAGGUUGACGUAGUAUGUGGAGACCAUCUCCUUGAGCGAUACCAGUCUUUGAGAGAAGUUUGUAAAACCAUGGGGAAAAAUGCAUUGCAGAAUGGCAUGCUUGUUCUGCAGUUUGGACUGGUGCUGCCUGUUUCGAAAUGAGAAAAGUUACAGGAAGACAAACUACUGUGAAAACAGCGAAUUACAGUGCAUAGUGAUUUCAUUUCAAGGGCUAAACUGAACUUAAUCUUAAAGAUGUCCUAUGCAGCAAAGAUUCCUUGUCAUCCUGGUUGCCUUCUAAUUAUAUGUUUUAUUUUGUUUUUAAAAAGAUGCCAGCAUUGAUUCAGCACAUGCACCUAGAAACUGUGAUGAGCACUGUGAUAAAUUAUUUUCAACAACACUCUUAUGAUGCUAUCAUUUUUGCUAUCAUUUUUAUUUUAUUUUUUUCCUGGUUUCAGAGGACUUAAUAUGAAAUGCAUUGUAUUGCUUUACUUUGACAUGUCAGUUUGAGGUAAAAUGCAUGUGUCAUUAACAGACAAAAAGCAAACUCUGUAAUUUGUGAAAAUAAUAAUAUUAAUAAUUUGGUAACACUUAACAUUGUCUUUGUACAAAGAGAUGUGUCCACAGUGUCACCGUUGGACCUGGACAUGAGUUAUGUUUCUCUUAACUUUCCCAUUUUGUGAACCCCUGUGAAAGAAUGAAAGAGGUUCAUUGUAACCCUUUAACUGUUCCAGAGGUGCUAAAGUCUUUCUGGUUGUUGUCUUUUCCUUGAUGUAAUUUGUUUGUGCUUUCUGAGCCAUUCUAUGUGAUUGUUACAGGGCUUUUUGAGGAAAAAAAGACUAAUUUUUUGUUUCUUGGAACAUUGCAGUGAAGUAUGUGUCAUUUAUAAAACAGCAUUACAAGUAAAGUCUGCUUGGCCUGACAGACCUCAUUGCAUACCUCAGAUGUAUGAUAUGCAAAUAUGACACCUCUUUUCCUUUAGUCCUUUUCAUUUAGUGAAAAGUAAUCCUUUACGUUUUGAGAAGUCAUUUGUGCCUCACUUUACUGUUUGUGAACUGCAUACGGUCUUAUUGUCUGAUGUACACUAAAACUAGUACAUUGGCCUAUGUGUUGUUCACCUCAUAUGCAAUUCUAGUCACCUGUAGGAGAUUCUUGUUAAAGCUAUUAUCACGAAAUAUGAUGCAGAGACAGAGGUGUAGUGAAACGGUGAGAGGGGUUGAAAGAUAGACUACUCACUAAACCCAUAGGGACUGAAGAAAAUGGUUUCCAAGGGAACUGCCUCCACCACAUUUCACCUGUCUGCAAACCACAGUGAAUUAAUGUGCUUUUGAUUUAGAUGUAACAACAUCACAGUGUAGGAUCAAAGCUCAAAAGAGCUUUAAAUUCUGGUUUAAGUGAAAUUGCUUUUUUAAUGUCCUGAAAUUGGGAAUACAAUAUGUACCUUGAUCAUGAAUGUGUCCAAAUUUAAGUAUCCCUAGAUAUAACCUUGAACUAUGUCGUCAUCUCCAUUUUAGCAUUACAUUAUUCAUUGGAAUUUUAGCUAUAGGUAAGCCAUUAUGGCGACUGUCAAGGGAAU